AUGCCUUCCUCUUCCAUAUGGAUCAAAGUCAUUUUCAUCCUGGCCUUGGUGCUUCCCCUUUAUUAUGAAAUGACAUUUGCAUCAAAAAGAGUCCGUCGUCAGAAGCCAGACUGCGACAAGUACAAAAAAUUCCUAAAUAAGUGUACCAGAGAAAACGAUCCAGUUUGUGGAACUAAUGGACACAGUUAUAGCAAUGAAUGCGUUUUCUGCAGUGUAAUGAUAAACACUAAAGAAAAGUUUGGUUAUCGGCAUCAUGGUAAUUGCUGAAAUUUGUAUGAGAUACAAUUUUCAGUUAAAUCAUCAUCUCUUUUCAUAAGGAAUCCUGCAAUCACGUAGAAUCUCUCAAUUGGUACUUCACAUUCCAGACAACAAGUGCAUUCUUCUGUGAUUCAUACAGCAGAAUAUAGGGUAUUGAGGAAUUUCUCCAACCUGUGAUUGAAGGCUUUUAUUUCAAUUAUGUAGUUGUAAUAUUAAAAAUUGCUAUCUUAAUUGUGUUU